AUGUACACUAACACAACAUUCAUGCGUAUAGUGGGUGAGGAACGUGGAGAGGAACGUGGUAAAGUCAUGUGGAAUCCGAUCAGUUCGAAGAUGGCUGCCGACUGCGCAUGCGUGAAUCUGCAAAGACUUUAUUUCUACAAACGUGUUUGUGCAGUUUGUACCUCCCGUAAAUUUCGCAAGUUGGAAUACUCCGCGCGAGACGAGAUUCCGACGAGAUCGGAAAUUGAGCGGCGACUUGGCACUUCGCUGGCACAACUUCUCUUUAAUUACAGUCAUCGAGAAGCUGUAAAGCCAUUAGACUCGAUAUCCCUCGCCGAAUUUUCACAGAAAUCAUGUUGCGCCUCACAGGACGGUCGAUUAAAUGCGGACACACGGACAAGGAAGCAAGAAAUUCUCAAAUCAUUCCUGCACAGCAACAUUUUAGCACUAGGCGAAGGUGAGCUGAAAAAAUUUCAGGCGAAGAUCGAAGCGGCAACGCAGAAGAAGCUGAGGGAUGAGUUUGCGGAGGAAUGUUGUAUGCUAGAGGCUGAAAAGAGAUUCGCCAUUAGACGCAAUGCGGAUGAAAUUCAUGCCAAAUACGAGGAGUAUUUCAAACUCACACAGCAAGAGUUGAAGGAAAAGUUACAGGUUGAAUUAGCGGAUGCAGAUGCGCAACGCAACAAAGAACUACAGAAGGCCGUCGUAAAAGCGCGAAUGGAUACGACACACGAUGUGCUAAGAAAGAUACGGCCCCAGAUGAACUGGGUCGUUACGCGUCUUUACAAUGAGCUCGAGCAAAUUUGUCGUGCGCAGAAAGAAAAAAUGAUUACUGAUUUUAAUCAGAUUAUGAGAAACCAAUAUCUCAAAUUGGAUGCAAGAAUCGAAGAAAUUGAGAGGCAAAAAAUGAAAGAACUGCGUAUUCAACGUCAUGAACUUGAAAUGCAAAACAUAACGAAUAUUAUUUAUAUUUUUUGCUUGGAAAAAUUACGUAGCGGUUCACAAUUACAGGCAAUACACAAACAUUUUGAAGAAAAAAUCAAGUUCUUGCAUAAACUGAUUGCUAAACAAGAAGAAAUUAUAAGUACAAUGAACGAAAAGAUUACAAAAUAUCGCAAUACCAAUGAAAUGCUUCAGGAAAAAAUCGAUACUCUUACACAGGAAUUUCAGAAAUUUAUAAAUUUUGCGUUUGAUACCUUGCCGGAGCAUGCCGAUUUUUUAUUGCCACUAAACCUACUUUCUGUAAAAAGUAUAAGUAAAGAGGACAUCAAGCAAGUAGAGAAGCGAUAA